AUGCUUGGUGGAACCACGCGAAACGCAGAUGCAAAGAAUUUGCACACAUGGCACAGCAUUCUCAAAGUCAAUGAUCGCAAGCAAGUGAUUUUCAUCCAGAGAGUUUUGCUUCUUCAUGAAAUAGCCAGCAAAAAAGGGGGCAGAGCUUCUACCAAUCGCUUGAGUGUCAGUGAAUGGCAGUUGGAGUGUGAUCGGUGCUGCUUGCUCACUCACAUCCUGGAUGAGAUGUCACGAACAGUUGAUGAUCAUGGGCAACGGCUUUUCCCUGAUGACCUGCUUGCUUCCCUUGCCACGCGUGUCGUUGAAGGGGACUACACAGGGGAGGCUGACUCCUUGCUUGGGACCCUGAACCCAGCUUUUGAUGUGAAGGAGUCCCAGAUCUUUCUUGAUAAUGCACCUGAAGUACCUGACCCUGUGCAGAAAAGGAUGGAGUUUGCAGAUGAGAGGGUUAAUGUCCUAAACCAGGAUGCUCGCAAAGCGCAGUUUGAGGCUGACACUCUCUGCUUGGCAAAAAUGCCUGUGGUUGCCUGGGCUGACAUGAUGAAGUGUGGCCGCCCCACGAACAAUGAGACGGAUGAGUACGCCACACUGUUGAGCCAUGUUCUCCACAAACGGCCAAAGAAUGCUGUGGGUGUGAUCAUAGCACCGUUUCUGGUGUCAGCAAACCAGCAAGGCUACAGAGGUCAACUGAGGACCUGGGAGGACAAGAUGGAUGCGAAAUCUUUGCGCAAUGAAUCAAUAGCGAUUCGCUGCACAACACCCCCGGCAAAACGACGAGUCCCCAUCCAGUUCGAUGGCUGGAUUGCUAUGUCUGACAAAUCGACAGAGGACAACGUCUUCGACCGAUGCCAACUUCUGCUUGACAGGGCUACUCGACAGGAGAUAGCAUGGCAGGCAGAGGCGAAUUACGUUGUGCCCACUGCUGAGAAGGAUGCAGUCCCACACGCGUCAGAAGGAUCCAGGAGCCUUUCUGAUGUGCAGGAAUGUGCUCAGUAUCUGGCUGGAGACCAGCUUCCCAAUGCAGUGAUUGCCGGGCUCCUCAGCAAAUCGAAAAUCGAUGGCAAUGCUUCGGUCUUGGCUUUGGUCAAUCUGACCCCCUAUGACGCUUGUGUGGAGAAGUUUGCCAAGAAUGGACUUGGCAUUGAGAAAAAGGUUUCCUUCAAAUCUCUGAGUUUGACGAAAAACUUGAAUGCUGCUCAGUAUGUGGAACGAACCCUGUCAAUCGAACUCUUGGAGGAGUGGAAAUGUGGCAAGACUGGCCGCUUUGGAAAUGUGCGGCCGUAUGAACCUACCCCGCCAGUGGUGCAGCCGGGAAGCCGGCAGUUCGAUCUCUCCAGCUUCCCCUUGAAGCUUGUCAAGCUUGACAUCGACCUCGUGUCUGGCAAAAAGGGCUGGGCCAGGUUCAAAGUAAGCCUCCCUCCCCAUGUGAGGAGCCGACAUUUGGAAGAUCCCGUUUAUGGUGCUGAAUGGAAAUCAUUGAUGCUGGACUUCGAUGAGAAGUACGGGCGAAACCCUGAAGCUGAAAGACAAGCAGCUCUGAUCGCCAAGCAGGAGGACGAUGCUGGGCAAAAGGUGGAGGCCUUCGAGCCAUGGGAUGAACCACAAACACUGGAAGCACUUCAAGACAAAUACAUUGUCGAAUGCAAGUUUUCUGGAAGGUGUGCAGGUACUACCUUGGUGCUUUGCCAAUCCAAAAAACGUGACGGUGUUGUCGACCAAGUGACUGGAAACCAACGAUUCAAACUCUUCAUGGUGGCCCAUUGCAAGGUUACAGUUCCUGGGAUGGACUUUCAGAUUGCCCAUGGCCCUUCCAAGUUUGUGAAGCCAGAGAAAGUGGCGAACCUCCAGCGCCAAGACAAGGAGGGAACACCUGGCAAGUUUAGCGGCUGA